AUGAAUAAAGCCGAUCAUGAUGUCGGUACCGGUCUUGUCGGUGCUCCAGCUUGCGGCGACGUUAUGAAACUCCAAAUCCGUGUUGACGAAAUUACCGGAAAGAUCAGUGAUGUUAAAUUCAAGACCUUCGGCUGCGGUUCCGCCAUCGCGUCCUCGUCAUAUCUCACCGAACUCGUCCGUGGCAUGUCUCUCGAAGAUGCCGGCAGAAUCAAGAACACCGAGAUCGCCAAAGAACUGUGUCUGCCGCCCGUAAAAUUGCACUGCAGCAUGCUUGCUGAGGACGCUAUCAAGUCCGCGAUUAAGGACUAUAAGUCGAAACGAGUUGGAAAGCCAACAUUAGGUGUGACGGCGUAG